AUGACUGCCUACGACGAAAUCGCCCAGCUCGAGGGAGAUAAUGAGUGCAGAGCCUGGUUAACUAAGGUCAUCGCUACAAGAAAGGACAUCGCAGCUUUCGUAUCAAGCCGGCGCCCAGGAUCUGCGGAGGGCGAAUUUGAUCGGUUCAUGAAUGGCUCCUUCAAUUUUUGUGUCUGCAUUCGUUUCAACGACGACGGUCCCAAAUCCAUCAUCCGUUUUCCCAAGCCAGGUCACACGCUUACCGCUCGACGGGAGGAGAAGGUCAGGAGCGAGGUCCGAGUCCUAGAAUACUUGAGAGAAAUGACGAACCUACCCUUACCCAAUGUGACUAGUUGGGGCUUAGAGGACGAGAGUCCCCAAAAUCUUGGCCCCUUCAUCAUCAUGGAUUUUGUCGAUGGCACUUCGCUCAGUACGCUGCUGAAACAGCCUGUUCAAUCUGAAGAGGAAGACGUCAUUUUAAGCAGUGAUAUCGAAGAUGCGAAAUUGGAUUGUGUGUACGAGCAGCUGGCAGAGUUUUUGCUUGAGCUUUCUCAGCUAGAAUUUGAUUCAAUUGGAGGUAUAACCAAGAACGCCGACAGAAAUGAGUGGCUUACAACCGAAAAGCCUUUCACUUACAACAUGAAUGAAAUGGCGGUAACCGUUAUGAACUACCCUUUGGGCACAUUUCCAACUGCCCCGUUCCCAACUACCAGACAUUACCUCGAAUACCAAUCCGACGAGAACAUCACUCACCUUCGCAUCCAACGUAACCUCGCCCACGACCGAGAAGACGCGCGGAAAAAGUACAUCGCGCGACACCAAUUCCGCAAGCUUAUUCCAAAAUACUGCAUGGACAACAACGGCCCUUUCAAGCUCUUCUGUGAAGAUUUGCAGCCCUCCAACAUGCUCGCUGAUCCAGAAACUUUGAAGGUUAACGCUAUACUAGAUUGGGAGUUCACGCAUGCAAUGCCCGCACAGUUCACUUACGAUCCGCCAUGGUGGCUUAUUUUGAAGGGGCCGGAUAUGUGGUUGGAUAGGUAUAGUAUGAAGGAGUUUCUCCAUCGCUAUGAACCUAGAUUGGAGCAGUUUCUUCGAGCCUUGGAGCGAGUUGAAGCGAGGUCGUAA